CUGGACUUCCUUGGUAUUUUUUCCUUGAAAAUGUUUCGCUUUUCAUCCAAGAUGCUUCUUUACUUCAAUUUUUUUUUCUUUGUCUCACUCACUAUAAAGAGGUUUCCAGAUGAGCCACUAUUUUUUUCCAAACAACUUCAAAAUAAUCUUAAACUUCCUUUAUGCAUUCUUCAUAUUAGCAGUAUUUUCAAUGUUUCUAGGUACGGAACCUCACUUACAUGGUGACCCGACGGGAAAAAAUUAAAAGAUCUGUUUGCAAAGUCCAGGAACAGAUAUUUCAUCUUUAUACAAAUCUUGUAGAACAUGAAAGAACUUCAGGUAUGCCUUCCUCUUUCUCCUCGAUGGAAAAUUUGGUGCUCUUCAACAGUUCACCAUUGGGCCCAGAUGCACCUAAGAUAGAGGAUUUGAAAUGGCAUUCGGCUUUCUUCCGAAAACAAAUGGGCAUGUCGUUAAGUCAUUCACUGAAAAAAACAGAGAAGAGAGAGCAAAUGAGGAGAAAUUCUAGGCACAAUAACAAACCAUUGCUGAAGCAGCCCAGCCAAAGGGAGGGUCUUGCUUCUUCUGGUAGCUUUUUCAGUUUUGAAAAAACCUUUGCAGAAGCACAAGUUGGAGCAGCACAACAGAAGAAUGGGAUUGUAACAGAAGACCACAAGAAAAGAGACAAUCAUUCUCAUUGUGACAUGAUAAAGGUAGGAUUGAAGGAGAAACCUCCCAAACAUAACUACAAGCCCCUGAAGUCAAAUGAAUCCUUUCAGAGGCAGUUAGAAAAUAAAAGGGCAGUGAACCACCCAAGUGGCAGAUCAGCACCCGGAAUCCGGAGGGAUAUGGUGCCUAAAUGCAAUGGAUCCUUUUUCAGAAUAAAUUAUAACCCGAGUCCAGUUAAAGUGCCUACAACACCCAGAAGCCCUGUGAAAAAUUGGGGAGGAUUCCGAAUUCCAAAGAAAGGAGAAAGGCAACAGCAGGGAGAAGGGCAGGAGGAGGCAUGCCGCCAAAACUCUAAUUUCUCUUACUCGGCUCUCGGACAAGUUUCCCCUAAAGAUAGGGCAAAAAGCAACUUAAAAAUGGACAGUGAGAAUGAUGGAUAUGCCCCGGAUGCAGAGAUGAGUGAUUCAGAAACUGAGAUGUCUGAGAAGAAAUGCAGGCUGGGAUCAAAUAGCUCUCUCCCUAGAAGGACAGAUUUUAUUAGGAGAAGUAUUCUUGCCUCUUGACUGGAGAGUGAUACAGAAUAGCAGCACUGGAACCAGUGAAGCUCCAGCCUGGAUAAAAAAACAAGUAGCUACUCUUUUCUAUUUAUUGGUGGGACAAAAGAGUUUUAAUUACGACUACAAGAUCUAUCAAGAAUGAACACAUUUUCCCUAGGCUGUAGAAAGUUGUUUACGUGCACUUGAGUAUGAGUAUUUCCUUCACCAUUCUCAUGACUGUGAGGUGUGAACAUUAUUUGCAAUUGUCUCAAAGAAAUCUGAGAAAAUAAUAUUGCUUUCCAAUUGAUUAAUAUGCUGAAUGCUCAUUUUAAAAAGAAGGAUAAGCUAAUUGGAUUGUCUGGGUAGACCCUACUUCAUGCAGAUAGCACUGAAGUUUUUCUUCUCCCGUCCCUGAAAAGCACAAGCUGUUAAUAUGUAAGAGAGUAAUGAAUUAAAUUUUGGUGCACUGCUUAUCCUAAUCUGGUCACUCUCCUCAGGCUGUGCUUAGAGUAAAUCCUAGUCUCGUUUUUUUUGCUGUAUUAGAAUUCAGGGGAAUUUUGGCAGCUGUAACCUUUGUUAACUCCAAAUGUUUUUAGACACAAAAGUUUUCAAGCAGGUAAGAAUGACAGCUAGAUACCCUAAGGGGUAAAUCCAAGCUGCCCAGAAUAAAAAAAGUAACUGCAGCAUAUAUACAGUGCUAUUCUGAAGGGACCCAGACAAAGAAUUAAGGAAAAUUAUUUACUUCUCUCAAAUUAAGGGAAGGGGUACCUAUGUCUUAAAGUACUUGAUCUUGUUUUGAAAGAAAGGUUUGUAAGCUUGCUGUAUUCUGCUAGUACUUGCCAUGUGAAAUACAAAGACAAUUCAAGUGACAGACUUAAAUGUGUCUCUGUGGCAAAACAGGGUUGGCUGUCUUGUUUCUCCUACACACCCACACCCCUGAAAUAUACUGCAAAUUGUAAAUCUAUAACGGGGGAGAAUUUUUAUAAUAGAAAAAUUCUUAGCAUAUUAACAGAUUUGGGAGAAGCAAUGGCAGACAAAUGUUUGAAGUUUGCCGUGAAGAUAUGACUGUAUUUCCAAAGGCAGUAGUCAUCAGCCUUUCUUUAUAUGCACUAAUAUUAUGUGUUGGGAUAUGCAAGUUUCUAACACAUAAGGGUUACUUUAAAUACAAAAAGAAGGAUGUAAUAAAUAUAUAUGUAUAUUUUUUGAAAAAAAUGGUAAGGCAAUAAGAUGCGAAUAGUGCUUUACAUUCAAACCAAUUUAACAACAAGACUUCAUGAUAUGGAUUAGAUUUGACAAAAGAGUGUUUUGAUUACAUCAUUAAAACUGCAAUAACUAGAGAGAAAAAGCCAUCAGCAAUAAUAAGUGAACAGAGUAUUAGCCUAUUUUGUGUACUCAGCAGAGUGCAUUUGUAAGACACAAAGACUAUUACAACUUUUGGGACUCAACUUGGAUAUAAACAAUAUCAGAGAUAAUGAAGUUAUGAGAAAUGUAAGGAGCAGUAGGUAUUUUGUUUUGGCAACUCAUCAUCAUUAGUUUUUACUUACUACAAGUAAAAUAAUGUUUUAAAACAAACGUUGGAACCUUGCAAUUUGACUCAAGUCUUCCAGAGGUUUCAGCUGAAAACUAGAGUGCUACUGUUUCAUCUUGCUAUGCAAGUCACUGAUCAUCAAUAAUACAUUGUAUUUGAGGAGGUUUAUAAAGUACAGUUUUCUUACAAUCCUAAAUUUUGGAUAGAGAAAUAUUGUACGUGAUCCCAUGAAUUCUAAAUUACUGAUUCACUGACUCUAUAAUUGGGAACAUGCAUCAGAACAUAUCCCCAUUUACUUCUAAAGCAGUGGUAAUAAUCCAAGAUUAUUGUACCUAUAAUAAGCUACAAAUUCAGUUUCCCCCUCACUAAUCUUUUGCCUCCACCCUCAGUAUCAAGCUUAGUGCUAAUCAUAAUUUAAUAUAAGAGUAAUUGGCUUCAUUAAAAUAAAAAAAUACAGCCUUUGAAAGGCCAUUAUUUAACUUGGCCUAUCAAAUUCAGAUAUCCCCGGAUGCUGUGGUUAGAACUGAAUGGGAAACUGAAAUGGGACUCAUGCAUGAACAAUGAGGAGGUUGUGAAAUGGUCACAUUUCAUCAGACCAUCAUUUUCUGAUCUUAGGCUCUGUGUGUAUGUAAUAGCUGUAAUUCCAGUGAUGGCUAUUGGUACACUGCAGUUCCAGUUCUUUAACAGAACUUUAUAUAGGCAGGUUUUUUUUUUUUUGGCAGCUUGCUUCAUUGUCAAGGAAAUUAUUAAAAUUUAAAAGAAAGAACAUUCUCCAUCUCCUUUCUACAGAGAGUGCUGUAUUAGAGUAGUCUAUGCAUUGCCUUUGAGUCAGGAUGGAUAGAAUUAACAAGCAGGUUAAGAUUUUAAAUUCUAAACAUUUUAAAAUGCCAUUUUAGAAAGCAACUGGAAAGUAAGAUAUAUAUACACGGCUUUGUUGCUUUGGAUUAAACUACCCAUAUAUUACAGGUAUAUAGCAAGGUUUCCUGCCUUAAAAGCAGGCAUAUUCUUGUUAAAUAUAAGAGGGAUGUGAUUAAUUGAUUAUUUAAUACAAUAAGUGUUUGAGGUGAGGUUUAAGUGAAAUAAUAUUGGUUAACUUGCCCAACAGGGAGUUUUUCAUCAAGCCAUAGAAGAAAUAAAUUUGAUGUUAAAUAAACAUUAUUCAAUGUUAUGAUCAAUUUUGAAAGAGGUAUCAGAUUACAUUUGCACUAUUAGGAGUAUUAGCAUUUGUGCAGAAAGAAUGCCUUAUCUGUUUUCCCCACCAUAUUUAGGUUAAUAAGCUUUCUGAUGUUUUGAUUAAUGCUGAACCAAAAAUUAAUAGCAAAAGAAGAAAAAAUAGUGUUUUUCCCUUACCCCCAAUGUCCAACUAUAGAAGUAGGUAAAAUCAGUAUGACCAGCUGUUUCAUACCAUAUUUAACACUCAGUACAUGAAAAUGUAUAAAUAAAACCAUAUUCUUUACAACCACUACAUUAAUUUCAUUGAUAAAAUGGAGAUUUCUUGUUAGCUCCACAUUUUACUUAUGCAGAUUGCCCAAGAAAUCUUGGUGUACUACAUUGAAAUAUAGGGUAAUAAACAUUUUAGUAAUAUUGACUGGAAUGCUGCCCAUUUCCGGACACCCAUACACAUAUGUGCCAGUCUAAACUAAUGAAAGAUAAUGUAUGUCUCAUAUGUACAAAAUCUUGAUUAUUUUACGUAAAUUGGGUAAAAAGAUCUUACUACAUUUGUAAAACCUUGUACAGAGGAUUUUUUCACUAUGUGCCUAGCUUUGGUGUCCAUUUUGCUCCAAUUUGAAAACAGGUGCAUGAUGAUAAAACAAAUAGAAAUAAAGUAUAUGUAGAGAUGACUAUUUUAUAUUACAUGGCCCAAUCCUGUAUUUAUUUUCCUCCCUUUUUGAAGUAUUUAUAAAGACCUAGUUGAAGAUGGCUGUAUUUUUUGUUAAAAUAUUUAGUAGAAUUGUGCCUUUGUCUGUAUGUGAAUAAAUGCUGUACAUUUUGCAAUACA